AUGCAGACUACCAGAGUAGAUAUAUCAGCGGGGAGAGCUUCCCGGAAAGCGUUAAGCACAAAUGCAUUGGCUCCAAAGAAAGCCAAAAGCAAUAAGGUGUGGGUACGAUAUACUCCCAAUCCUCUCGUGGUACUAUAUACACCGUCACCAAGGCAACCAGGAACGAGCGCAAGUCCCAGCAAGACCCCACUAAAGGCACUCGCAGAAUACAAAGAUCGCCUGCUAACAUGCGACCAGGUUGAAAUAAUCAAAGUGAAUGAACUAGCCGCACCCGCAACCAAGCUUGCCAGUGACAUACGAGAGCGCGAUGCUAGGACACCGAAAGGGUACCCGUCUAUUAUCGAUGCAGAUUAUAGCGAAAAGUGUGGUAUCUUCCACGGUAGUAACAGAACAAGAAUAGAUGCAUACGACUUCUCUGAUCAUAAUGAUAUAGACCUAAAAAAUACCAGUACUGGGUCUAUCCACGCAAUAGUGCUCCUACUUGCAGGAGAUAGCGCUGCACGGAUGGGUAUAGCGCUCGUACAAUCAUUGCACAAUGUCAACACCUGUCCUGGUAUUGACAUUGUCGCAGCUUUAGUGGUAGGCGGAGUGGGUAGUGAGGAAUGUAAAAGGACAGGCAAGACGAAGUGCUCAUCGCUAUCACCUACCGCCUUUAGUGAUGUAUGUCGCUUACCUACUUAA